AUGGAACCGGCGAAGCAGUUGCAGGGCUAUACGGUAACAGUCGAGCGAGCCGAAAAGGCAAGGGAGAUUUCAUCCGUGCUCGAUGUUCUGGAGCACUUGACCGACAAGUACAGCUUCCAGCUCGAACAUCUCACGUCAGGCAAGAAAGACCCAAAUCUCACCAUCAAGCACAUGGCCGGGAAGGUCGAAACAUUUGAGAAACUACAUUCGCUCCUUCUCCCGUCAAUUAGAGACCAGCUCACUGGCCGAACCAAACCCAUGAUCCAAUCAACAUCCACUACCGACGAUAACAACCAGAGAAACACCAACAGAGCAUUGAUUCCCGAAGUAGCCAAGUUUGCCAUACCGCUCAUCAAAUUGGCAAGAAUCUUAAUCAAGAAAACAUUGGGAAAGAUCUUCAAGAAACAACAAUCAAUAUUGGGUACUACACUAGAACUUAACUCGGAGACAAUGUCACAGGUAUACGAAACCCCUCAGUUGAUCUUCGGCCUCAAGCCCCUGGCCAACCUCUUAUGCAUUCAUUAUGAUCACCCAACUGUUGAAAAUCAAGCCAAAAUUUGUGACACAGUGGAAAAAAUCCCAAAAGAAAUGGAAUCUACCUUAACUGUUCUGCAUUUAUGUCUGAUUCCCUUCCUGGCCCAAAUCAAAGAUCAAGAUUCACCCAAAACUCAAUUGGAGUCUUUCCUUCCGAUCUUAAGACAAUCUUGGGAUACGGCUAGUGAUCAUUUGAUGGAUGUUAUCUUGUCCUUCGAAGUUGAGCAAAUAGCCAUUUGA